CUCUUCCUCUCUCUCUCUGUGGAAGAGGGUUGUUCGUGUGUUGACCAUUGAUUGUGUUUAUGUCAAUUGUUUUCGCAGUUAGAAGACCAUAUGUUUUAAUUGAUUCCUUAACAGCACCAAAUAGUGCUCAUUAUUUUCGAAAAUGUUGUCAUUUAACUCAUGGCGGACUGUGUGUUCAUUCCGGGCUUUACCGCACCCAAACUGGCUGAUGACGAACCAACAGUCAGUUUAUAAAACUGUUACAUGUUCUGCACAUUGCACGUCUGCCAGCUUCCCCAAGAAGGACUCACGGCAUCGCAACACUAACUUCAAAGCACUGGGAAAGGAAAGAAAACUAAUUUAUUACACUAAUCCAGUCAGUACACCCAGGAAUUACUGCAGAGAUCAGGGGAAAUUGAACUGCUGGAAUUGCAAACAACCUCUUGACAAAACACCUGCGUUUUUCUGCAUGUCAUGUAAAGUAGUCCAGCCCCCCGAAGAAGGGACAUCCUACUUUAAAAUUAUGGAUUGUGACUACACAUUCACGCUGGAUACACAAAAGCUGCAGAGAAGAUACGUGCAGCUUCAGCGGUCUCUACAUCCAGACAACUUCAGCCAGAAAUCUGUGAAAGAACAGGAAUUCUCAGAAAUCCAGUCAGCUCUUGUGAACAAAGCAUACAAGACCCUGCUUAAGCCUUUGAGUCGUGGUCUUUAUAUGCUGGAGCUGGAGGGGAUGCGUAUAGAAGAGGGCACUGACUCUGCAGCUGAGUCAAAGUUUCUAAUGGAGCUGAUGGAGAUCAAUGAAGCCCUUGAUGAAGCACAGACUCCAGAAGAAGCCAAUAAGAUCGGCCAAGCCACGAAAGAGACAUUGGCAGACUUGACAAAGGAGAUAGACACUGCUCUGCUUAAAGGAGAGCUUCAAACCGCCAAAGCACUGCUUGCCCAAAUGAAAUACUAUGCAAACAUUGAGGAGAAAGUGAAGGAAAAACUUUCUGAAUUCAUGUAAUUUUUUCCCACCAUUUAGUGUCACUUUAUUUAAUAUUUCUUGCUGCUUUUAAAAAGUUUUGUACAGAAGCGCACAAAUUAUUGUACAUUUGUCUUGGGACUAUGUCAAUUUAUUGUUCAGGCUGAAUAAUAAAACUUUACUCGUAAUGCAUUA